AUGGUAUCAUUGCUGGAGAAAGUGAAGUUUCUCUGUAUCACAGGGGUUGGCCUUUUUUCCGAUGGCUAUCUCAAUUUGACUAUUGGUUUAGUGGUGCCGAUGUUGGGCUUCCUGUAUUGGCAGGACCAGGGUAGUGAAGUCCCAACGGUGCAAAGUGACAUCAUGAAGGGUACCUUGAGUGUUGGUAUGGCCGUCGGCCAAAUUAUGUUUGGUGUACUGGGAGAUGCCCUGGGUCGUCACAAGGUCUACGGCAAAGAGUUGCUAAUCACCUUGUUCGGCACUCUUAUGGUCGUCUUGCUUCCCUGGAACAACUUUGACAAGCAGUCAAUUGUUUCAUGGAUUGCAUGCUUUCGUGUUGUAACCGGGAUAGGUAUUGGAGCAGACUAUCCCAUGUCAUCAUCUCUCACCGCUGAAAGCACGCCGCUUGGAUCCAGAGCGGUUCUGUCCCUGACUGUUUUCUCUUUCAUGGGUCUCGGCAACAUAGCUGCCAGUAUCACGUUCCUCGUACUGGUCGAAGCGUUCCAGUCCGGAAUUGAGUCCGACAUCCAGUACGUCGAAUGGGUCUGGAGGCUCUUAUUUGGCCUGGGUAUGAUUCCCGCUACCAUCACGCUAUACGCCCGAUGGACUAUGGCAGAGACAGCUCCUUAUGAAAAGUACGUAUCGAAAGAUAUGAACACCGAACAGGCAGACAAGCGAGGCCUAAAGGAGCAAUUUCGGGACUUUUUUGUCUACUUCAGCGAAUGGAAACAUGCCAAGGUUCUAUUCGCGACCUCAGCGUCUUGGUUUCUCUUUGAUAUUGCUUACUACGGCGUCAACCUCAACCAAAGCGUCAUCCUCAAAGAGAUCGGUUAUGCGGAUGGGCCCACCCCGUGGGUCACCCUUCGCAAUACUGCCAUCGGAAACAUCAUUGUCCAAGUUGCUGUACUCGCCAUUCUAUACGCCAUCUGGGCCGGCAUAACCAAUCACACAAGCGUGGGGGGGCUGAUGACCGUCUUCACGCUCUCCCAGCUCUUCCUCAACAUGGGCCCUGACUGCACAACCUGGCUCAUUCCUGUUGAAGUCUUCCCCACCAGUGUUCGCGGCACGGCGCACGGCAUCUCCGCAGCGGCGGGCAAGUUAGGCGCCAUCCUGACUGCGUUCGCAUUUGGCACUGUGACUGACCGAAUUGGUUUGCCGGGAGUGUUGGGCCUCUUUUCAGGUGUCAUGGUCCUCAAUGCUCUGGUCACCUUCUUGAUUCCGGAGACGAGGGGCAUGACUAUUGCUGAUAUUGAGAACGAGGUUCAUUUCACUGAGCAUCGGCCAAUGGAUAUAUUCAAGUGGCCAGGACUUUGGAAAAAGGAGAGAGAGGAAGGAGAUACUGAUGACAAUGUUUCACAAAAGUCCAUCAACAUUGUUCCUGGUAAGAACGUGUCUGUUUGA